AAGAAGUGUCACUCAAGCAAACGGUUUCGCGUUUUGUUGAUGCUGCUGUGAUAGUUCCUGUAGCGGCAGCUGCUCUGAGUCUGAGCUGGGCGGUUUUUUUUAAAGGUCUCCGUACUGCAUCAUCUGGAUGUCCAAACACAAACUCUUCCUUCUCCGACACGGGGAGGGCACCUGGAACAAAGAGAACCGCUUCUGCAGCUGGGUUGAUCAGAAACUGAGUGAGAAUGGGGUGGUGGAAGCCCAAGAAUGCGGCAGGCUCCUGAAAGAGCAGGGCUACCAGUUCGACCAGGUUUUUACCUCCAUACUGAGCCGCUCCAUCCAGACGGCCUGGUUGUUGCUGGAGGCCAUGGGACAAGAGUGGGUCCCAGUCACCAAAUCCUGGAGGUUAAACGAGCGCCAUUACGGGGCCCUGAUCGGCCUCAAUCGGGCUGAGAUGGCUUUAAACCACGGGGAGGAAAAGGUUAAACUGUGGAGGCGUAGCUAUGACAUCACGCCACCCCCCAUUGAUGAGACACAUCCCUAUUAUGGUGAAAUUUACAACGACCGCCGAUACAGUACGUGCGAUGUUCCAAAAGAGGAACUGCCCAAAACAGAAAGUUUAAAGAAAGUGUUGGACAGACUUCUUCCGUUCUGGAAUGAUGUCAUUGUACCAGUGAUCAAGAGUGGCCAAACCGUCCUCAUUUCUGCACAUGGCAACAGCUGCAGGGCUUUGCUGAAAUAUUUGGAAGAUAUAUCAGAAGCGGACAUUGUGCAUGUAACGCUGCCCACAGGGGUACCAGUCUUGCUGGAGCUGGACGGAGAUCUUCGACCGGUCAAGCCCCGUCAGCUUCUGGGCGACCAGGCCAAAAUUCAGGCGGCCAUCAAACAGGUGGAGGAUCAAGGGAAGGUUCAUGCACAAAAUAAAUAAGGACAUACUGUUAUGUGUGUCUGAGGUAGACCAGUUUCUGCUUACAGUGGUACUGUAUUUUAGAAAUCAUGAAUAGUUAUACAAGUCAAUAUUUAGAAUUCAAGCACUGGUUACUGAUCCAAAAUGCAGACAUGGCACAUAAAUAUUUUGUCAUAGCAAGAUGUCUGUAGACCAAAUAAUGAAAAAGAUAUUGAUAUAACAUUAUUUAAAAUGAUCAUUUAAUAACGUGUUGUUGUUUUUUGUUAGCAUGUUUAUUUUCCGAUGCAUUUUAGGCCACAGAAAACCAGUGGUGCCUUCCUUUGGG